AUGCAGGCAGAGGCGCUCAACCCCUAUUUGCGAAGGCCAGAUAAAAAGGUCGCCGAGUACGCGUCCGUCACCGUGGCGGUCGAGCUGGAGCCUAAGGUCAUGGCGGCCCACCUGUCUGUGCGAGGCGAGGUGCCGCGGGCAGAGCUUCUGCAGCGCAAGCGUCAGCGCAUCGACGCUGGCCCUACGCUGUCACAGCUGCUGAUGGCGCGUGGCAUGCACACUGCCGCGGCAAACAACCUUGAUUUAAACCCAGAGAACGGUAGCGCUGAUAUCGCUUCUUGCGCGGCAGCCGGGGACUACGCUACCUGGCUACCUGUGGAGGCCUUUGAUGACGCUUUUCGCUUCGAGGAGCUGUCCCCGGAGGACUGGGCGGAGCGUGUAGCCGCUGCUCCGUCAGGUUUGCCUUGUCUCUUCUGGAAACUAGACCAUCGGCAGCACCAGAGGGGAGGCAUCUGGGCCUCGGGGCGUGUCGUGGAGGUGGAUGUGGACAAGCAGCGGUACCACGUUUUGCCAGACGACGUCAGAGACCCUCGCAGCGCCCAAAAACAGAAGACCGACUCGAACGGCAGCGGAGAAGACACCAGGCCGCUUGUGCUGCCACGCGUUUUUGUAUGCUUUGCCGCCGAAGAUCCAGAGAACUUCGCGAACCGCUUCGCUGCUGCCCACAAACGCCGCACCAUCGCUGAAGCCGCGCUGCGCACUGAGUUGUACGUUGACUCCAUCCCCCUCGAUGAGUACGCCGCACUGGACCCCCUUGUAAUCCGGCGCGUGCUGGAUGCUGCUCUCAGUACACCCGCGCUUGUGGAGAGUGAGUCGAACCUAAACGUGACCGGCGUACUGGAGCAGGUGCGCGCCGGGUACAGUCGCAUCAUGAACGCCGAUCUCUUCCACUCCAUAACGCAGGGCGGCGGUCUCUCGCAACUAAUGGGCCCCUCGGCAACGUCGUCGACGACGCUGUCGGCGUCUUCAUUGUUUGUGAGCGACACCGCGCGUCCAGUCCCGCUCUUCGGCGUCCCUUCUCACCAGGCCAAGCGUUUCGCCGCCACAGUGGGGGCCUUCCGUCAGGAGUGCUUCUGGAACACGUCCCCUGUGCUUGCGGGCCUCACGCGGGCCGUGCGCCAAGCCGACGACGCCUUGCUCUCUCGGUGUGUGUUUGUGCUCUACUCCACGACGAGAAUGAAGCGGCCACUGAGCCUCAUGGAGCUGGAGGAGAUCGAGACGACGGCGACGCGGGUCUCCUUCUUGCACGCCAGGGAUCAGUGGCUGGCGCAGACUGCGGACAUGGUAAAACGCACACUCAGCACCUUCCCUUCCAAGGACCCUGUCCACUUGCAUCACUACGACGUGAACACCUACACGGGCUGCAGUACUGAGCGAUACCUGCGGCAGAUUCAGCUGCACAUGCAGGACACCCUCCAACAUUACUUGACUAGCUCUCUGGAGGCGCUCAUCCGUUUUUUUGAGCAUGCCGGCGACAACCACGUCACAGUUCAUGGAAUGACUGAGGUCGAGGUGACGCACGGGAUUUAUCCCGCUCCGCGGACCCCCUUCGGGGCUGACGAACGCAUUACUGCAGGCUUUCUGGUGCCCCCGCCGCACCCGCUGCCGCCUUUGCUCUCCGUCGUGCUCCUGUGCACAAAGCACGUCAGUGACGCCGGCGCGAAAGCUGCACAAGAGGCGUUGGAAACUCCAGCCACCGAGACGCAAGCUCCAAAUCCGGUCGCAGGCGACGUACCGGAGGAGAACGAGGGUACUGGAAAGGCGGAGAAGCCGUCUACUGCGUGCCUGAGCUACAGCUGCUCCAUUGAGUCCAUGCGGGUAUCGCUCCAGGGGCUCCUGAAGCGCUGUCUGACGCAGCACAGCACUCUUCGCACGGUCGAGCGCGUCCUCUUCGACUUUCUUUACGAUCCCACCACGGCGUUUCUCAAUGUCCCCGAGGCGUCUAGCAUGCUGAUGGAGUCGUGGGUGCAGCGGAUAAACGUGGUUCUCGACCGCGUCGCCGUUGCCAUGAUGUCGUACAGGGAGACCUACACACCUUUUACGGCGGUGAUUGAGCUUGACUUGAACGCCUACAUGUCCAGCUUCGACGAGCGUUUCCCAGGCACGCGCGGUGUGGAGGCGGAGGUGCAGCGCUUCCUCACACUGCAGCAGCAGGUGCUGGAUGACAUUCCUGUCUCAGCGGACUUGGGCCUCGUACGCGUGGAGUGCAGCGAGGUUCGCCGUGAAUUGUCGAAAAAGUGCGCCAUGGGUGCGGCCAAGGUGCUGGACGUCAUGGCCGCUCGCGCUCUUUGCAAGGAGAUCGAGGUGAACGAUCGCUAUAGCGAGCUGUACGCAGCGCUGCUGAAGCCGACAGAGACACCGGAGGAGGUGGUCGCAACGAAGGACUUCAUCAAGACGAUUCCAGAACGUGUUGUCGACUUGGAGAUGGCCAUCGAAGAGUCGAAGGAGAUCCACGAGCUGCUCAAAGGCUUCAAGCGCCCCCUCUCCGAGGAAGAGUUCAACAAGAAGUGGAAGGCGAUCGGCUGGCCCAGUCAGCUCGACAACGCCGUCAACGAGCGUGUGGAGGAGCUGGAAGAGACGAAGCGGCGCCUGCUGGCGUCCAUGAACCGGGCGCAGGAUUUGUUCGAACAGGAGGUUGAACGGAUUCAGAAGAUCGUCGAGCAAUACGGUCAGCAUCGAAACCCCCACCGCAUGACUGAGAUCGCCGAGGAUGUAUUGCGAGUGCAGGAGAAGAUUCAUCAACUGCGUAGCCAAGCCAGCACCUUCAACAGCGACGAAUCACUCUUCAACAUUGAGCAGACCGACUACUCGGCGGUGCACCAACUCGCCACGGACUUCGAGCCGUACGAGGCGCUCUGGAUUACCUCGGCGAAGUGGUCCGCCUCACUCGAGAAGUGGCACGAGUUGCCUUUCAUGAGCAUCGAUGCGGACGAGGUGGAGAGGAUCGUGGGAGACACUCUUCGCAUCAUGAACACGUGCGUUCGAAACCCGCAGUUGAGGCCGGAGUUGGUGCAGGUGGCGGAGCGCACCCGCGAGAAUGUGCAGCAGUUUCGCCCACUUGUGCCGACGGUAAAGUACCUGCGGAUGAAAGGCAUGCAGGAGCGGCACUGGAGCCAGCUGUCGAAGGAGCUUGGCCAGGCCAUCGAGCCGGGCGUCACGCUGCAGAGUCUCGACGACGUGGUUCGCAUGAGCUUGACGCAGCAAAACGAUGUGCUCAUGCGCAUUUCCGAAAUCGCAUCGCGCGAGUUCCACAUCGAGACGUCGCUCGCGAAGAUGAAGGCGGCGUGGGCCGAUAUGCGGAUGAGCGUCACGGCGUACAAGGAGACCGGGUGCUUUGUGAUAUCAAAGGAUGUGGUGGACCAGACGCAAGAGAAGCUGGACGAUCAGAUGCUGCUGACGCAGAGUCUUUCCUUCUCUCCUUUCAAGCAGCUGUUCGAGGACGAGAUCGCCGACUGGGAAACCUCUCUGAAACUCGUGCAGGACGUGCUGGAUGCGUGGCUGCGAUGCCAAAAGUCGUGGCUCUACCUCGAACCCAUCUUCCAGUCGGAGGACAUUUCGCGCCAGCUGCCGGGCGAGUACAAGCGCUUCCAGGUGGUGCACAAGAAUUGGAAGUUUCUGACAAACAAGGCGAAGGAGGUGGACCUGACGCUCGAAUUCUGCACGACGACGGAGCGCUGUCUCGAGCUGCUCAAAGAGAACAACGACACGCUGGAGGUGGUGGAGCGGGGCUUGAACCAGUACCUCGAGAACAAGCGCGCCUCCUUUGCCCGCUUCUACUUCUUGUCUGACGACGAGCUCCUGGCGAUCUUGUCGGAGGCCCGCGACCCGCAAAAGAUUCAGCCGCAGUUCCGCAAGCUCUUUGAGAACAUCGCCCGCAUCGACAUGCGCAACGACGACAACGAGAUGUUUGGCAUGUACUCGCAGAUGGAGGAGUACAUCCCAUUCGCGCAAUCCGUGCUGCCGCGCAAGUACGUCGAGAACUGGCUGACGGAGAUUGAGCACAUGAUGAAGAUUUCGAUCCGGUUGCAGCUGGAGGCGGGUGUGAAGAACGCGGCCACCAUGAAGAGGCAGGCUUUUGUGCUGCAGUCGCCAGGGCAGGUGGCGAUUGCCGUGAACCAGAUCAUGUGGACGCACGAGUGUGAGAUGUCGCUGAAGGAGCAGGGCUCGCUUGCCCCCUACAUGGAGACGGCGCAGCAGAACUUGAUGGUGCUGGUGGAGACCGUGCGGCUGCCGCUGACAAACCUGCAGCGGAUGAAUCUGAGCGGCCUCAUCACGAUUGAGGUGCACGCCAGGGACAUUGUCGAGCAACUCGCCAAGGCCGGUGUAGACAGCAUCUACGCCUUCGAGUGGGUGUCGCAGCUGCGCAGCUACUGGGAGAACAACGACUGCGUGCUACGCCAGGUCGAGGCGCAGUUUCGCUACGGCGGCGAGUACCUGGGAAACACGACGCGUCUUGUCAUCACCCCGCUAACCGAUCGCAUCUACCUGACCUUGACAGGAGCGAUGCACAUGUUCCUCGGAGGUGCCCCUGCCGGGCCUGCCGGUACCGGCAAGACGGAGACGGUGAAGGACCUUGCGAAGGCCGUGGCAAAGCAGUGUGUGGUGUUCAACUGCCAGGAGGGUAUGACGUACGCAUCCAUGGCCAAGUUCUUCAAGGGACUGGCCCAGGCUGGGGCGUGGGCGUGCUUCGACGAGUUCAAUCGUAUCGACGUCGAGGUGCUCUCCGUCGUGGCGCAGCAGGUGUCCUCGCUGCAGGAGGCGGCGCGCACGCGGCAGUUCCGCAUUCCUUUCGAGGGUACCGAGAUCGUCGUGGACCCAUCCUACUCCGUCUUCAUCACCAUGAACCCUGGCUACGCCGGUCGCACAGAGCUGCCGGAUAACUUGAAGGUGCUGUUCCGCCCGGUGGCGUGCAUGGUGCCGGACUACGCCAUGAUUGCGGAGAUUCGCUUGUUCUCUUUCGGCUACUCGGACUCGCGCAAGCUGGCACAGAAGAUGGUGGCGACCUUUCGGCUGAGCUCCGAGCAACUCUCGUCGCAGGAUCACUACGACUUUGGCAUGCGCGCCGUCAACACGGUCAUCUCGGCGGCUGGCCUGAUGAAGCGUGAGCACCCCGAUGAAGCCGAGGACGUGUUACUGCUGCGAGCGCUGCGGGACUCGAACGCGCCAAAGUUCCUGGAGGAGGACCUGCUCUUGUUCGACGGCAUCACCUCCGACCUCUUUCCAGGCGUGCAGCUCACUCCAGCCGGCUACGGCGACUUCAUCGCUGCACUCGAGACGAAGGCCUCCUCGAUGCGUCUGCAGCCGACGGAGAUGUUCGUAAAAAAGUGCGUGCAGUUGUACGAGAUGAGCGUGUUGCGCCAUGGCCAGAUGGCGGUGGGGCCGACGAUGGGUGGCAAGACGAGCGCGACACGCGUCCUGCAGGCGGCGAUGACACACCUACGAAAAGAGCUGAAGAGCACCAAGUUUGCGGAGGUCAAGACGUACUGCUUGAACCCAAAGUCGAUCAUGAUGGCCCAACUCUACGGCGGCUUCGACGAGGCGACCGGGGAGUGGCGGGACGGGAUCAUCGGCGAGGUUUUUCGCAUUGCCGCUCGCGACACAACCGACGCACGGCAGUGGAUCAUCUUCGACGGCCCGGUCGACGCGCUCUGGAUUGAGUCGAUGAACACGGUGCUGGAUGACAACAAGAAGCUGUGCCUUAUCUCCGGCGAGAUCAUCGCGAUGACGCCGUACAUGAACUGCUGGUUCGAGGUGGAGGACUUGGCGGUCGCCUCGCCGGCUACGGUCUCGCGCGCCGGUAUGAUUUACCUUGAGCCGAACACGUGCAUUGGCGUGCGCAACUUUAUCCUUAGCUGGCAGCAGUACAGACUCCCCGUCACAAUGGAACCGUACAAGGAGCAUCUGCAGGAGCUGUGCGAGCAGCUCUUCCCAUCACUCAUUCACUUUGUGCAGACAGAGGUGACCGAGUACAGUCCGUCCAGCUGGCCCAACUUGGUGACCUCCUGCUUCAACCUAUUCGACUGCUUUAUGUCGCCGUACACCCCGACGCGCACGUACGAGGUGCCGCAGGACAAGCUGGACUUGCUGCGCGAGAUUCACCUGCAUCUGCUGAUCUUCUCCGUCGUCUGGUCCUUCGGUGCCACUGGCGACCGGCCAAGCCGACAGCGGUUUGACAAGUUCCUGCGCGACGAGCUGCGUCUGCGCAACGUCAACAUCGAGCUGCCCGUGAUUGGAUGCCUGCAGGAUUACCAGUUCAUCCCGGAGGAGCGCCGUUGGAUCGCGUGGGCGGAGCGGCUGCCGCCGUUUACGACACAGGUGACGCAGAGCAACUUCUCCGAUAUUAUCGUUUUGACGGCUGAUGUGGCACGGUACAAGUACGUGAACCGAAUCCUUCUGGAGCACUCCUACCACACGCUGUGCUGCGGCCCCACCGGCACGGGCAAGACAGUGCUAAUGCGGCAGCUCCUGAUGCACGAAAUGCCGAAGGAGUGCACGCCGAUCUUCUUCACCUUCUCGGCCCGCACAAGCGCGAAUCAGACGCAGGACCUCAUCUUCUCCAAGUUCGAGGUGCGCCGGCGCGCGUCGCCACAGGUGUGGGGUGCCCCGCUGAACCGCAAGUUUAUCAUCCUCGUGGACGACAUGAACAUGCCGCUCAAGGAGCAGUACGGCGCGCAGCCGCCGAUUGAGCUGCUUCGGCAGUUCAUGGACUACAAGGGGUGGUACGACCGCCGCACUCGCGAGUUCUUUUCGAUUGUCGACGUGGUGCUGGCCGGCACGAUGGGGCCACCCGGCGGCGGCCGCCAUUUUAUCACGCAGCGCUUCCUGCGGCACUUUCACCAGAUUGCUUUUCCUGAAAUCGAGGAUGACAGCAUGAGCCGCAUCUUUCUCUCACUGCUGGAGAGCUACUUCUCCCUCUUUGCGGAGGAUGUGCGUGGGAAACUCUCCUCGGUUGUGAUGGCGUCCAUCGAGGUCUUCAACACCGCCGUCAAAGAGCUCAAGCCGACCCCUGCCCGUCCACACUACCUGUUCAACCUCCGCGAUCUGGCGAAGGUGAUGGACGGACUUACGAACGCGACCCCCGCGACGGUGAAGACGGUGCCGGCGCUGGUGCGACUGUGGCUACAUGAGGAGAUGCGAACCUUUCAAGACCGCCUGACGAACGACGCGGACAGGUCUUGGUUCCAGGAGGUGCUUGGAAAGCAGUUGCAAAAACACCUGAAGGUGUCGGUGAACGAUGUCACGCAACGUCAUCGCGGCGACGGUGGCGCAGGCGCCGACAGCAAGACCCCGAAGACACCGGUAGCGGACAUGAACGCGCUUAUGUUUGUGGACUUCAUGGGUGGCAAGUCAGAGCAGCGCGUCUACCAAGAGGCGACCGACUUCGACGCCGUGGUCAAGACGCUCGAGCAGCAGCUGCGAGACUACAAUCACCAGUGCAUCGGCGGCCGUCAGCUGCACCUGGUCAUGUUCGCCGACGCGGCGCAGCACGUGUGUCGCAUUGCGCGCGUGCUACGCAAGCCAAACGGGCACGCGCUGCUUCUCGGAGUCGGCGGCUCUGGCCGUCAGUCGCUGUCCCGCCUUGCUGCUCACCUGAAUGAGUACGAGCUCUUCCAAGUCGAGAUCGCGAAGGGGUACACCAUGAACGCCUGGCGCGAAGACCUGAAAGCGGUGCUGCAGCGCGUCGCACUCCAAAAGAAGCAGGUGCUUUUUCUCUUCGCCGACACCCAGAUUGUGCACGAGGCCAUGCUUGAGGACGUGAACAACCUUCUCAACUCCGGCGAGGUGCCGAACCUCUUUGUUGGCCCGGAGCUGGACGACCUGCUGAACGCGAUGCGGCAUGUCUGUGUGGCGGAAGGGCUGCCGGUGGACAAGGUCACCAUCUUCGCCCGCUUUGUGCGCAGCUGCCGCAGUCAGCUCCACAUCUCUCUCUGCAUGUCCCCGCUGGGCGAGGUCUUCCGAAGCCGUCUGCGCAUGUUUCCCGCACUCGUGAACUGCUGCACGGUGGACUGGUUCUCGGCGUGGCCGCAGCAAGCGCUGAGGAGCGUGGCACGCAACUACUUUGCCAUGAUGCCGCUGCUUGCGCAGCAGGCAAAGGCAGUGGAGGCGUGCACGGAGGUGUGCGUGCGGGUCCACGUGAGUGUCGACGCCGUCUCUGUUCGCUUCCUCGCCGAGACGCAGCGGCACAACUACGUGACGCCUACGUCGUUCCUGGAGCUGCUCCACACCUUCCGCGCGCUCAUGGAGACGCAGACGGAAAAGAACCAAACCACGAAGGACCGCUUCAUCAACGGCUUGGCCAAGCUUCGCGAGACGGAGGACGCCGUGGCCGAGCUGCAGCAGACCCUGUCGCAGAGUCAGCCGGUGCUGCUGGAGAAGAACGAGUCCAUCAAGGCCCUCGUCGCCGAGAUGGAGGUGCAGACAACUGAGGCGGAGAAGACGAAGAAGGAGGCGCAGAAGGAGCGUGAGGCGGUGGCGACGAUGCAGGGAGAGUGCGCUGCCAUCGAGGGCGCGGCGCAGGAGCAACUGGCCGAGGCGUUGCCGGAGCUGGACCGUGCUCUGGAGAGCCUCAAGAAUCUCAAGUCGGCGCAGAUUACGGAGGUGGCCGGCUACAAAGCCCCGACCGCCGGCGUCGUCAUGACGAUGCAGGGCAUCUGUAUUCUGUUUCAAAUCAAGCCGCAGAUGCGCGCCGCAAGCCUAAUGGAGAAGAAGGCGGACUUCUGGGCUACCGCCAAGGAGCAGCUCCUCAACAACCCGAACCUGCUGCUACAGCGGCUCAUCCAGUACGACAAGGAGAACAUCCCCGAGAAGCUGAUCCAGGCAGUGAUGCCCCUCGUCACGUCCGAUGAUUUCACUCCAAAAAAGAUCGCUGGCGCCAGUCAGGCCUGCGCGGCCAUGUGCCAGUGGACGCACGCCAUGGUGCGCUUUCACGAGGUGAAUAAGAAGGUGGCACCGCUGCGACAGAAGCUGGCGGUGGCGCAGCAGGCGAACCAGAAGGCCCAGCAGAAACUGAAGGAGGCCGAGACGCAGCUCGCCGAUGUGGCGGAGCGACUUGCCGAUAUGCAGCGCCGCAAGGAGGAGGCGGAGCGGGAGCUGGAGGAGCUGGACCAAACAGUGAAGCGGACGGCGCUGCGGCUAGAGCGUGCGGCGAUGCUGAUAGAUGGUUUGGCGGGUGAGAAGCGCAGCUGGACGAAGUCGCUGGAGCGCAUUGACGAGUCGGCCCAGUACCUGAUGGGCGACAUGCUGGUGGCGGCUGGCCAGAUAGCGUAUUGCGGACCCUUCACCUCCGUGUACCGCGAGGAACUGUUCAAGUCGUGGGGCAAAGAACUCGAGGAGCGCUUUAUCUUGCAUAGCGCACAGUACUCCAUCUACCACACGCUGCAGGACGCGGUGGAAACGCGGGAGUGGAUCUUGAACGGGCUGCCGAUGGAUACCCUAUCGAUUGAGAACGCCCUCUUCGCGAAGAACGCGCGCCGGUGGCCGCUUCUGAUCGACCCCCAGACGCAGGGUAACCGAUGGAUUCGGCGGACGUACAAGGACUCGCUGGAGGUGGUGCGGCCAAGCCAGAAGGACCUCAUCAAGCGUAUCGAGUACUGCAUCCGCGCAGGGAGGCCAGUGCUGCUGGAGAACGUCGGCGAGGAUAUUGAGACCAGCCUCAACCCUCUGCUAGAGCGGCGCACCUUCAUGGAGGGUGGGACGGAGAUGCUUCGCAUAUCCGACACACCGAUCCCGUGGAACCCGAAGUUCAAGUUCUUCAUGACGACAAAACUGCCGAACCCGCACUACAUCCCGGAGGUGAUGGUGCGUGUGACGCUGCUGAACUUCUUCAUCACCCCGCGUGGACUGGAAGACCAGCUGCUCGGCGUCGUGGUUGGACAGGAGCGCAGGGAGCUGGAGAUGCGGCGUAGUGACCUAAUUCAGAAGAACGCCGCGAUGAAGGCCGACCUUGUCAACACGCAGGAGAGCAUCCUGUGCAAGCUGAAGGAGGUGCAGGGCGACGUGCUCGACGACGUGGAGCUUAUUGCCUACCUGAACCAGUCAAAGGAGAAGACGCUGGAGAUUACGACGCGGGUGGCCGAGGCGGAGUCUGCCGAGGUGGAGCUGACGGCGAGCCGUGAGGAGUACCGCCCCAUCGCGCAUCACUCCUCGUGCCUUUACUUCUGCUGCUCCACCCUCUCCAAUGUCGACCCCAUGUAUCAGUACUCGCUGCAAUGGUUCGUGCAGCUCUUCAUCGCGAGCAUUGAGCAGGCGAGGCGCGCCGACGAUGUGGCGCAGCGGCUGGAGAACCUGACAGAGUACUUCACCUAUAGCUUCUACCAGAACGUGAGCCGCUCCCUCUUUGAGAAGCACAAGCUCAUGUUCUCCGUCUACCUCUGCGUGCGACUGAUGGAUCAGCGCGGACGGGUGGACGCCGCAGAGUUCCGCUUCUUGCUGCAGGGCCCCACGCUCGUCACGGACGCAAACGACAACCCUGCCCCCGGCUGGAUCACACCGGCGACGUGGAACGAGUGGUGCUACCUAGACCACAACUUCGGCCCGUUCAAGGGCCUCAAGGCGCAUCUAUGUACCCACCUGCCGCACUACAAGGAACUCUUCAUGUCCUCGGCCGCUCAUCGACAGCCCAUGGCCGCGGACUGGGCGGACAAGCUGACGCCAAUGCAGCACUUGAUGUUCCUGCGCUGCGUGCGGCCCGACAAGCUGAUGGAGAGGUUGCAGGACUUUGUCUUGGCGGAGAUGGGCGAAAAGUUCAUCCGGCCGCCGCCGUUUGACCUGCUCACGUCCUUCAAGGACUCCGCCCCUACAGUGCCGCUCAUCUUUAUCCUGUCGCAAGGCGCCGACCCGUAUGACGACUGGAAGCGCUUCGCGGACGCACAGAACAUGAGCAAGAAGCUGUACGACGUAUCGCUCGGCCAGGGGCAAGGCCCGCGCGCGGAGCGCAUGGUGCAGGAGGGGAUGGAGAGUGGCUCAUGGGUUCUGCUGCAGAAUUGCCACCUUGCCACGUCCUGGAUGCCGACGCUGGAGCGGCUGGUCGAGGCCAUCACCCCAAACACGCAUCCUAGCUUCCGAUUGUGGCUGACGUCGAUGCCGAACGCGCAUUUUCCGGUGGCGGUGCUGCAGAACGGCGUGAAGAUGACAAAUGAGCCGCCGAAGGGGCUGCAGGCGAACGUGUCGCGCUCCGUCGGCGCCUACUCCGGUGAGUUCCUGGAGAGUUGCCAGAAGUCGGUGGAGCUGAAGAAGCUCUUCUUCUCCAUGUGCUUCUUCCACGCCUUGCUGCAGGAGCGUCGCAAGUUCGGCCCGCUUGGGUGGAAUAUCGCGUACGAGUUCACCAGUGGCGAUCUCGGCUGCUGCGCGGCGCAGAUAAAGAUGUUCCUGGACAAGUACGCCGAGGUGCCGUACACAGUGAUCCGGGAGCUGAGCGGCAACAUCCACUACGGUGGGCGCGUAACGGAUGAGUGGGAUCGCCGCACCCUCAACACACUGCUGGAGCGCUUCGUGACGCCGGAUGUCAUGGUGGACGGGUACUUGCUCUGCCCGCGGCUGCAGGAGUACCAGUCGAUCCCUGUCACGAACCGGCAGGGGUACCUAGACUACGUCGCCUCGUGGCCGCUUAACACCAACCCGGAGACGUUUGGGCUGCACGAGAAUGCCGACAUCACCUGCGCCCGCACCGAGACGUUUGAGACGUUGCAGGCGAUUGUACUUCUACAUGGCGACGAAGGUCGCCGCGGCGACUGCGUGCCGUCGUCGUCAGCAGCGGUGUCGACGCCGGAUGACAUGGUGAAGACGUUCGCGGCGGCGAUCCACCGCAAGGUCGCCGGACCGUUCGACGUUGACCAGUUCCGCCGCAAGUACCCGACCAAGUACGAGGACUCUAUGAACACGGUGCUGGCGCAGGAAGCCAUCCGCUUUAACCGACUGGUGACACUACUGCACCAGACUCUGGAGCAGCUGCCAAUGGCGAUCCACGGUGAGGUGGUCAUGAGCAAGGAGCUGGAGGAAGUGUACUCGGCUCUGUACAACAACCAGGUGCCUGCCCUGUGGUCCGAGAAGGCAUACCCGAGUCUCAAGUCGCUAGGUGCCUGGGUGGAUGACCUGGUGCGACGCCUCGCAAUGGUGCAGAACUGGUACGCGCACGGGCACCCGAAGGCGUACUGGAUUUCCGGCUUCUUCUUCCCGCAGGCCUUUUUGACGAGCGUUCUGCAGAACUACGCGCGCACGAUGCACAUCUCAAUCGACACCAUCAGCUAUGAAUUUGAAUGGAUGUCGACAGACCCGGCGUCAGUCACGGCGCCGCCGGAGGUGGGGUGCUACAUCCAUGGCAUGUUUAUCGAGGGUGCGCGCUUUGACCCAGCGACCCUGACGUUGGCGGAGUCGUUGCCCAAGGUGCUCUAUGAGCAGGCACCGCUACUAUGGUUGAAGCCAGUGAUUAACCGACUGCCACCGGCGAGCGGCAUCUACGAGUGCCCGCUGUACAAGACGGUCCGUCGCGCCGGUACGCUGAGCACAACUGGGCACUCAACGAAUUAUGUGUUGACCGUGGAAAUUCAGACACCUCCUAAGGCAGACGCGAAGCACUGGAUUCGACGCGGCGUGGCCCUUGUGUGUGCGUUAAGC